UGUCACGUGACACAUUGGAUCGUAGUUCAAGAUGGAGUCGAUGCGGUACUAUUUUAUACCUUCUUAGCUACAUUAAUCAACAUAUGGCAAAUUAUAUCAAUGAGUUUUAACGUUCCCAAGUUGAGGACUUACUUUGUAUUUGUUUCGAGCGGUAUUUUAUUUGAUGAAGUUACGUUAUUUGCCAGUAACUGAAACAUCUGCUAGCUGGCAAUCAGUCACGUGGUUGGAAUGUUCAUUAACGUUCUAUUAAUUUGGAGAUCGAUAUGGCGCAGAGAGAGUUAAAAAUGUGCCUUCUUGGGUUCCGUACGUUGGCACCAAUGUACUACAGAGGCUCUGCGGCAGCCAUCAUUGUUUACAACAUCACCAAAGAGGACUCGUUCCAGGCAUUGAAAAACUGGAUGAAGGAGCUUCGCCAACACGGCCCUCCCAAUAUCGUGGUAGCCAUCGCUGGCAACAAGUGUGACCUGUCCGAUGCCAGGGAGGUCUUGGAGAAGGAUGCCAUGGACUACGCAGACUCCAUCCAUACCAUCUUUGUGGAGACCAGUGCCAAGAACACCAUUAACAUCCAUGAGGUCUUUAUAGAGAUAAGUCAACAGAUCACUGUCCUAGAUGAUGGAUGAGGGAAUGCAGGGAAGGGCUUCAAACUGCACCGCUAGCCCUCAGAGACCCAGACCUGCUGCUGAUGCUGCCAGUAAACCCUGAUCUUAGUCCCACCCUGACUCUUGACCCCUGACGCAAUGACCUUUCUCUGCUUGCAGCCUCCAUAGUCCCUCCAACAGAAUACCACUCCUCCAUCGGGGACCACUGACUCCUACCGCCAUUGCAUCCUCCAUCUAAUACUCCACUCUAAAGAGAAAGCCUAUUGCAAUUCACUGGGAUAUUGCUUCGGCUUGGAUUUUGUGAAGCUGUCGGUUUGUUUCCUGUCUCCCUAUCCAGACCCCAAAAGGUUCAACCAAAGUUCACAGCCUUUAGUAUUUUGCCUUUAGGUUCCUCAAGAAGGUCAAUGGAAGUAUCACCCGCUCUCUUGCUGUGUUCACUUCAUCCUAUUCCUAUAUAGUGCACUACUUUUGACCAGGGCCCAAAAGUAGUGCACUAUAUAGGUAAAGAGGGUGCCAUUUGAGAUGUAUCCUCAAAGGUUUUCAGUGUAAAAUGUCAAUCUAGCAGUCCAAAGCCACAGCAAUUGCUAUGAAGUUAUAAGUGUUCCCUCCCUGCCUGUCUUUUAUAUGUCUUGUAAUAGUUCUGAAAAGAAGAAGAACGUUAACACAGAUUUUAUUUCUGUUUCGAUCUCGUAAACCUCUACACGGGUCCUGGCAUCAUCGGGUUUACAGCAUGCUAUGAUUUUUCUUCUUGCAAUGGCUACAGGGUCUAUUUUGUAACCGUAGACAAUAUGGGGGUUAUUUUUAACAUACCUUUACAUUUUCAGUUUCUUCUUAAAAAUGGCUAGGUAGGCCUGUAUAGAUGUACUUUCUCCACCUCUAAAUGGACUAAUACCAAUCUCUUACUAAAUCAACUAGAGUAAGUCACACUAAGUAUUUUUUUUUUUUUUUACACUUAUUUUACCAGGUAAGUUGACUGAACACAUUCUCAUUUACAGCAACAACCUGGGGAAUAGUUACAGGGUAGAGGAGGGGGGAUGAAUGAGCCAAUUGUAAGCUGGAGAUGAUUAGGUAACUGUGAUGAGGGCAAGAUUGGGAAUUUAGCCAGGACACCAGGGUUAACACCCCUACGCUUACAAUAAGUGCCAUGGGAUCUUUAGUGAUCACAGAAUCAGGACACCCGCUUAAUGUCCAAAGGACAGAACCCUACAAACACUGCCUUGGCACAUUUUUAGAUCAGAGGAAAGGGUACCUCUUACUGGCCCUCCAACACCACUUCCAGCAGCAUCUGGUCUCCCAUCCAGGGACUGACCAGGACCAACCCUGCUUUAGCUUCAGAAGCAAGCCAGCAGUGGGAUGCAGGGUGGUAUGCUGCUGGCCUAAGUAACAACAGUUUCAUUAAUCUGGAGCGUACCAAUUUGUUUUUUUACAGAGUGCCACUUCAGUCUGAAAAUAUUAACACCUGUAUGGAUCUAUCUAAUCAUUGUGAUCCAGAUUGAUGAGUCAGAAGUGCAUGACAGGAAAUGUAUUUGUGUAGUCUGACCUAUAAUGGCCCUCACACAGUGCUUUGCAGCAUAGGGCCAACUAAGGCAGGUGUUUACCAAACCGUUUGAUACUAGAGUAAUGAAAAUCCCCAAUGGGAGUAAUGCUUUUUUUUUACAUUUAUUUUGUGUUUUGUUCCUCUGUUGCAAUUUUGUAUUCAUCAAUAUCGUUGUCACUUUCUUUCCAUCUGUUUUAGCCUCAACACUUUGGAGGGGAAAUUGGUUUUGUGAUGGUAACGUGGCUGGUUGAUUGUUGCCACUGAAAAUGAGAGGACAGUCCUUUUAUGGCUGACCUCUACAUUGAGAGCAGUGAUGUAGUGGUAAAAUAUUUUUUAUGUAAACUCUUAUCGCCAGUCUCGGUGAAAAAAGUAACACUCUCUAUACUUUUAACGCAUUUUUUCCACAAAAAAGUGGGUAAACUGUGUUUACUUGCAUUUACCCUCCAAUACACCACUGAUUGGAAGGCUUUCAUGAUUCGGGCCCUGUGGUCGUCUCUUAAAGGGCCAGCCUGUUUGAGUGCUAACAAGACUGGCAGUCCCUAAGUGUGCGAUAUAACUUCUCAAACUGCUCACAUUUAGACUUUAAUAUUAGAGCAAAUGAGCCACUCACUGGAAUUCUGUAAAUGCAUGGCCCUGGAGUGCUUGGAGAAUACUGCCAGCCUUUUUACAGUAUUCAGUGUGUUUCAAUGUUUCUGAAAUGGCAUUUUAACUGUUUGUGUGAGUUGGCAACUCCGUCCGUCCUUGAUCUCUUGCUGUUUUUCUUUUAUGACCGUUUUACAGGAGAGAUUGAUUUUGUGAGGUCCUACCAAUUCUUUAAUUGUCCCAUAAACAUUUGUUUACUUUA